AUGGCGUCGAUCGAGGCGCCGCUCGCGGCCGCCGCACAGACCGUCGCGGUGGGCGACCGGAUCGAUGCGUACGAAGCAAUUCUCAAAGGUGUACUUGAAGCGCCGCCGCCCGACUGGCGCGCGGCGCUCGAGGCGUACGUGCGCGGGGCCGUCUUGGAGCGCGUGAACAUUGCCGGUGCCGGCCUGAUUGUCGGCCGCCGCUGCCUGCAGCUACUGUGCGAUAGCGUGCGCGAUGCACACACAGACGCAUCAAAUGUGCUCGCAGAUAUCGACGCGUACCUGUGGACACUCCGCAUGAUCCUCGAGGCGACGCACGACCAGGCCGUUGCGCUCGAGGACGAGCUCAGCGAAGUGCGCACACUCCUUGCCGACCAGCUCGAGCAGCAGGCACAGUGGGCAGAUGCGGCACAGGCACUGCAGGGGAUCGUCGCGGAUACCAACCGGCGAAGCAAGUCGGACGAGUAUUGGCUCCGCGUCAAUGUGCGCCUCUUGCGCCUGUUUCUGCGCGCUGACGACGGGGCGAGCGCGGACCUCUACCUGAAAAAAUCGAGCUCGCUCCUGCACUCGGUGCAGCGCGAACAUGCACACGAGGCGGCCGACCUCAUCCUCGAGUACCGCAAGUGCCAGGCCGAAGUAUACGACCGCCAGCUCCGGUGCUACGAGGCGGCUUCGCGGUAUUAUGAGCUGAGCACCUUACCGGCGCUCCCAGAGUCCGAACAGGCCGACGUGCUCACACGGAGCGUCGCGGCGGCCAUCCUGGCGCAGGUCAGUGCGCAGCGCCAGCGCCUCUUGGCGCAGCUCCUUCGGGAUCCGCGCACGGCAGACCUUGCGCUCGGGCCGGCGCUGCGCCGCGUCGCUGAUCGACGCAUCGUGCGUGGCGACAUGUUUGAACUGCUGCGGAGUAACCUCGCUGCGCACCAGCUCCAGAAGCGGGGCACCAGCGAGAGCGUACUCGACGAGGCGAUCGUCGAGCACAAUAUCUACGCCGCGUCGCGCGUGUACUCUGCCAUUACGAUCGCGAGCCUCGCCGAGCUGGUGCAGCGCACACCGGACGAGUGCGAGGCGAUCGUUGCACGCAUGAUUAUGCAGAAACGCCUGCCGACCUCGUGCUGGAUCCACCAGGUGGCUGGAGCCGUGUACUUUGCACCGGAAGACGAGCUGGAGGCGGACAUCGACGACGACGCGCCUAGCCAGGCCAUCCAGGUGCCUGCCGCCGACGCGGACGAGGCACAGCGGCAGUGCCGCGACCGCCGCAUCGGCGCUGCUCUCGCCUACCUGUCGGACGCGCAUGCGAUGCUGCGCAAGACGGCGUGUUAG